AUGUGCUCUAGGCUCCCAAGGACCGCCUGCCUACUGCGACUCAUUGAGCUCUGCAUCCUCCUCUCGCACACUGCAGCAUAUUUUGGGCUGACAGGCCGAGAGCCCUUGGUCUUUUUGCCUGCCCCGUUCUCCAAUGAACCCCCAACGGGAAAAGCUCACCUAAAACAAUGCGAGCAGAUGACCCUGGCCCGUAGGCAGAAACGACUGUGUCGCCGCGAGCCGGGUUUGGCCGAGACGCUGCGUGAAUCAGUGCGCCUCAGCCUCCUGGAGUGUCGCUAUCAAUUCCGGAACGAGCGCUGGAACUGUAGCUUGGACGGCCGCGGGAGUCUUCUGAAAAGAGGUUUCAAGGAGACUGCCUUUCUUCUUGCGGUGUCUUCAGCGGCAUUGUCCCACGCACUAGCAAAAGCUUGCAGCUCGGGCCGAAUGGAGAGGUGCACGUGCGAUGACUCCCCAGGAAUACAGCAUCGCGAGGCAUGGCAGUGGGGGGUCUGCGGUGACAACUUGAAAUACAGCACCAAAUUUCUCAAGAAGUUCUUGGGCCAGAAGAGGGUCAGCAAAGACCUGAGGGCGCAGAUCGACUCCCACAACAUUAACGUUGGAAUCCGGGCAGUGAAGAGUGGCCUGAAGACUACCUGUAAGUGUCACGGCGUCUCUGGUUCCUGUGCCGUGCGGACCUGCUGGAAGCAGCUGUCCCCGUUCCAUGACACCGGGCGGCUGCUCAAGUUCCGCUAUGACACGGCCAUGCGUGUGCUGAGUGUCACCAACGCGGCCACCGGGGAGACGGAGCUGGCGGGGCCUCGUCGCCACGGCCAGAGCCACCGCUCCACUGACCUGGUGUUCCUGGAGGACUCCCCUAGCUUCUGCCGGCCGUCACGCUACUCUCCCGGCACAGCCGGACGCUCCUGUGCCAAGGACACCAGCUGCCAGAGCCUUUGCUGCGGGCGCGGCUACAACACGGCCAUGCACCUCACCACCCUCUCCUGCCACUGCCAGGUGCGCUGGUGCUGCCAUGUAGAGUGUCAAACCUGUGUCAGGGAGGAGGAAGUGUACACCUGCAAAAAUACCUGA